CAGAAUACUUCAGUCAAGGUGUCAUGUGUCACAACCCACUGCGCUCCACAAUAGGGAAGUGAACUGCACUUCCUAUUUCCUCAGCGUUACUGCUGUCUACUGACUAAACCAGAAAUCGAGAGGAUGAGAAACGAAAGGAACACGUUUGACGCACGGUUUAUAAAUGAAUGUGAGCAGUAAAUGACACAUAUUAUCCGGUUCGGAUCCAGUUCUGCGUGCGUAAUGGGAGCGUCGCGCGUGCGUGCGGCACUUUGAUAAAACAGCGACUUCUGUAGCCUAUAUAAGUUUUACAUGUUGCUGGCUGAAGACGAUUAAAGAUGAAGAAACAGUUCAACCGCAUGAAACAGCUCGCCAACCAGACCGUUGGCAGAGCAGAGAAGACAGAAGUACUGAAUGACGACCUUCUUAUGAUUGAGCGGCGCCUUGAAAAUGUGCGAUUUGUCUCCCAUAAUGUGCACAAGAAGAUGGUCAUGUGUCUGCAGGGUAACGUGGGUUCAGAUGUGGACAAGAGACAUAAAAAGCUUCCUGUCACAGCCCUUUCACAAUCCAUGCUGGAUGGAGGAAGUCAGCUCGGAGACGAGUCCCUCAUCGGAAAGAUGAUGGAAGUCUGUGGAGAAGCUGAAAGCAAACUGGCCUUGGAGCAGAGCCAACAUGAAGUUCAGGUGGAGAGAGAUAUUCUGGAGCCUCUCAACCAGCUGGCGGAGGUGGAUAUUCCUAACAUCCUGAAGCAUAGGAAACAUUUAGCUAAGCUUGUGUUGGAUUUUGAUUCUGCAAAAGCCAGGUAUCAGCAGGCCACAAAGGCAUUUCCGACAGCUGCAAAUGCUCAAGCAAUGGCUGCCAAAGUUGACACACUUAAGGAGGAGAUGGAUGAAGCUCAGAACAAAAUGGAAAUAUGCAAGGAUCAAGUGGCAGCAGAUAUGUACAACUUUUCGUCCAAGGAAGGAGAAUAUGCUUGCUAUUAUGUGUUGUUGUUAGAAGCUCAAGCUGAAUACCACAGAAGAGCUUUGGCGUCCAUCGAGAGCGUCCUGCCCACCAUACAGUCACAGCAAGAUAAAUGGACAGAGAAGCCAGCGUUUGGCACGGCUCUGGAAGAACAUCUGAAACGCACUAGCAGAGAGAUCGCUCUGCCCAUAGAGGCCUGCAUUAUGAUGCUACUGGAAACCGGCAUGCAAGAAGAGGGUUUGUUCCGUAUCGCUGCCGGAGCCUCUAAACUGAAGAAGUUAAAGGCGGCACUGGACUGUUCCACUUCCCAACUGGAGGAGUUUUACUCUGACCCUCAUGCUGUAGCCGGAGCCCUGAAAUCUUACCUGAGGGAGCUGCCUGAACCUCUGAUGACCUACCAGCUGUAUGAAGAGUGGAUCCAAGCCUCAAAUAUCUCUGAUCCUGAUAAGAGGCUUCAGGCGCUGUGGGUGGUGUGUGACAUGUUACCAAAAGCCAACAAGACCAACUUUAGGUACCUGGUGAAGUUUCUUGCAAAGCUUGCUCUGGAAAGUGACGUAAAUAAGAUGACAGCGAGCAACAUCGCCAUCGUACUGGGACCCAAUUUACUGUGGGCCAAGACAGAGGGAAGCCUGGCUGAGAUGGCGGCUACUACCUCCGUGCAUGUCGUGUCUAUAAUAGAACUGAUAAUCAACCAUUCUAGCUGGUUCUUCCCUGAAGAUGUGGACUUCAAUGUCUCAGGCAUGUUUGCUAUGCCUGGGUGCCCGGGGACCCCUGACUCAGAAGCCGGGACCAUAGACAGGAGGCGCCCAGGCAGCCAGGGGUCGCUCGAUUCUGACACAUCCCGCAAAGACAGUAAUAUCGCCCGAGAUCCUGCAUCCAUACCCCCUGCCAUGAGGAACGGCCCGGGAGGUCUGAGUGGGACGACCGCUCAGCUGAAUGUGGUGACCCCUACCUCAGGUCCUAAGGGCCCUAGUCCAUUCUUGGGCCGCAGAGGUACAAAGAAACAAGCCCCAGCACCUCCCAAACAGAGCGUAAAAGCUGUUCCUAACCAGCCCUCAGCCCCGAGCACCCCUCAGCCUCUCAUCGCACCCCGCCGCAACAACCAGACCCCCAUCCAGGCCCCCAGCCACCCUCCUCCUCAACCUCCUCCCCAGAGCACAGAAGACACCGAACCGUCCCUUCCCAGAACGCCCACCCCUCCCGGUACACCUCCUCACGACGGCUCCCAGCUGCGCCCCAGGCCCACCCCUCGAGCACGACCCAAACCCAGCGGCCCGCCACCACCACAACCAUCUAGCGACGGCGCCAACGGUGUCUGUGUUUCUGGAUCCAAGAUUAUCUCAGAAAAUACAAAUACAGCAUAUGACCAAAUUGCAAGCUAUAUGGUAGCAUCCAGGCAUUUUUUUCCCAUUUCAUCUUUUUUCUUCAUUAAUAAAAAUAUGGAAAUUCAAACGAAAAUAGCACAUUUAUCCUUUUCCUGAGGUCAAAUGCACACAAAUACAGAAAUGGACUUUUCUGUACAAACCUGAUGGGAACGUCAAGCGCUCAGUGGAUGUCAGUUGCACUCUCUUUGAUUGUUUCAUUAUGACACAUUUCUACAGCUCAAUCAACUCUAAUAUGGAAACACACUCGUCUGGAGUCUGUAUAAACGGCAGGUGUUCAGUGUCAGUCUAUUGUGGACCUCAGAAAGCCCAGCACUCGCCCCCCUGCCAAACAACUCUCCUGAGGGUUUGGCUCCAUUAAGCCCAUUUAACAUGACGAAAGAAACUUUCAGAUGCUGUUGGAGACUAAAAACUCCAUCUUCAGAUUAUAAAGUUUUGAAACAAUCCCAGAUCCAGAGUUAACAAGCUUUAUUUUCGUAAGUAGGCUUGUCGGGAUAGAUGUCGUACACAGUGUGCGAGUGUUAGCAGCAUACAGCAGUGGUGUUUGAG